AUGAUGUUGCACCCACUGCUCCUCUCUCUCCUCCUCGGAGUCGCGCUUGCGCACACCUCGACCCCAAUCCUGCCAGAGUCCAAAGUCAACUACGAUCUUUUCCCAGUAACCUCUCGGCAGCAACGUGGCUGCGCCAGGGCCCCCUUUAAGUCAUCGGUCUCUGGGUUUAUUCGAGCAUCGACGUUUGGCGUUUCUGUUACACGUGGCGCAACGGCAACGAUAAGCUUCUCGAUCACGCUCAGUGGAAUCUCCGCCGUGGAAAUGGCGAAGAAAGAUGCGAUCUACCAGAAUAUUCUCACAGGCUCCCUCAAGAAAACGUACAUGAGGCGAAAGAAUGCGUACAAGGGCGGUUUGAAUUUGCCUUUCAUGGCCGAUAUUGGCGCCGAUUUGCGCCGACGCAAGUUGAAUGGCGGGGAAUUGCGGAAGAGCAGGGUCUCCAAGCAGCUGUUUGAGAGGCGUUUAUGCGCAGUCUCCAAGAUUCUCGGUGGAGUGAGGAGGGCGCGAGUGCAGAUUCGCGGAUCGAGAAGGGUGACUGGGACUAGCUUGAUUCCUAGGACAGUGUAUGGCUAUGUGAAAGUUGCCAGAGUCACGAGGACUGACGGCAAGACGAUCACGAUCGUGAGCACAGACCCGAGGGAUUUUGUCGUCUCCACGAGUGAAGGCAUCGUCUCUGCUAGAGGGGUCGAGGGAGUGCAGGUUUCUCAAUUGUAGAACUUGAUCGAUUUGUUGAAACGCGAAUGACACCGCAACCCUCGUAACUGAAUGCAUCACUUGUGACGAACUGUCUUGAGACGCUAGGUGCUUUGCUUUCCUUUUGCAUUAAUCAAUCCUUGCGGUUAUACAUCGUUAAUGAGAAAGAAGAAAAGAACCCGUGGUUGAAUAAAUUCUAGUCGCGGAGCGUGUGGUUGUGAUGUGCCUCUUUUCACGGAGAGAAGACCUCUGCCCUUUACUUUGCCUGCUUUUGCCAGCGAAACAAAGUGCUUCAUCUCCUGAGCAAUUCGCGCAAACAAAAUGUUUACAUCUUGGCCGAGAGCACCACGCGGUAAACAGUUAGGCUAAACAGUUUAGA